UACUCUCCCCGGGUGCCAUCCCUCCUUCCUAUGGAUCACCGUUCUUCCCGCAAAAAAACCACCCAAACCCAGCUGACAACCCAACGACGAUGACGACGACAACCGCGUGGUGCUUUUGGAACAAUCUCCGUCGAGACUUCCCGCCCGACGCCGGAGCCGCACCCAGAUGGAGGGGCGGGAGAGCUCCCCAGGAGCGCGGCACAGACGGAUCCGGGUUCCCGGCGUCCCCAGGGGGGUUGUUGCUUUUGCACUUUGAGGUGCCUUUUGGAAGAGCCAGCGAGGCAGCGCCGACGCCGUCACCGUGCAGGAACCACCUCGUGUUUACUGUCACCCUCCUUCCCCGCGCACGGGACACGGAUCAGCAGGAUCUCGGUAAAAAACAACCUGAACAUUUACGUGGUCUGAUUUUAAACCUGUACAUAGGGAAAGAAUUUUUUUAAAAGCACUUUCACCUAGAUUUAAAAAGCGAAACUUAAAAAAAAAAAGCAAACAACUCCCCUUCUUCCCUCUCCCCUCCCCUCCCACCCCCCCCAACUUGAAGCAGUAUGUUUUAAACAAGAUUAUCGUGGGAGAACUGUAAAUACUGGCAGAAUAUUUAACAUGCUUUGUCCGUCCUUCAUCAUUAAUGAUUUUUUUUUUUGUUCGUUUUUUUAACCGUAAUCUGUAAAGUCGCGUAUAUUUGACAAGGAAACUCAACGAGCUAUUCCCGCUUUUCUUAUAAAUACCCAAUAGCAUAUCAGGAUUGUAAGAGUUGACGGCAAGUCGGAUUUUAGGGAUGCCCGUUCCAGCGGGGGACCCGCCGUGUGGUUGGGAGGGGGGAGAGGGGACCUGGCUGAUGUGGGGCCGGAUUCGGGUGCCGGCCCCAUCGGCAUCGCCGUGUUUUGUCUCUGGCUGGCGCGGCGGGGGUGCCUUGGAGCUUCGCCUGGAGCGUGGGGGGGAGAAGGAGCGUUCGGAGAAGGCGAUGGUCCGUGUAACCUGUCUAAGUCCUGCUUCCUUGGAGGUGUUUUUGGUGCAGGGAGGGGGGUUGGUCCGUUGGCUCUGGGGGGAGCGGGAGCUGCCGGCGCCGUGGGUCGGGGGGAGCAAGAACUGCUGCAGUCUCACGUUUUUACACUACAUAACGUCUAACCUACCUCAACUCUCAGUCAUUACAAAUUCGCACGCUUCAGACUUCUACACAAAACUCGAAAUCUAUGCACAGCUCUUUUACCCCUUGCUGCUGAGAGGCUGUUUCCAAGCAAAAUCUUUCCCUUUACCUGCCCUGGCGGCCGCGCUCAUCCCGCCCGCACCGAAGCCACAGGGGUCACGGAGUUCGAGGGAGGGAAGGAACGUUUUUAAUCGCUUCGGAAUGGGAUGUGGGGACCUCAUUUUGCAGCAGGUCGUGGCCACAAUGGUGCUAGAACAAAACCUGUGGUGGAAACCCCGGGGAGAGCUUGGCACGGGAAACCCCAACCGGCUUCUUCCAUCCCGCUGCAGGCGGGAAAUGAGGGGUGCAUUUCGGGUCCCCCCGUCCCGAUGCUCUCGGGAUGAGGCGUGGGAAGGAGAAGGAAACCAGAAUCCCUGAGGUGCCUCAAUUGCUGAUUUUUCCUUUUAAUACUGGAGUACGCUUUGUGGGCUCUAUAAGGCAUAUUUUUAUUAAAUGAAAUCUUGUAAUACAAACGGUGCUAUGGUGUUUUAACAAACUGUAUCACGCUUCUGCCUGAUUCCAUCUCGCUGAGGUGCUACUAAUGUAUAUAUGAAACUAAGGAACCAAGAUAUAAAAAAAUAAAGCAAUGUCGUUGAGAAGGAAGUUUACCUUUCCGGAGCGACAGCUCAAGGUGUGCCGGGAGCCGGUUGGGUUGAUGCAAACCGGAAUUUUGCCAUGUCCAAGGUGUCCCGGGGUCGUGGUGGAGCCGUUCCCUGCGGAGCCGGUGUGGUGGCGGGAUGAGGUGCUCAGAUGUAUGUGGGUGUAGGGUUUGGUCAGAGGUGUGAUCUCGGUGCUCAGCGGUGCUUGGUCGUGGUGUGUGGACACGGUGCUGAGACGCGGUGUUUGGCCACGCACCGUGGGUGUGGCGCUCGGGCAUGGUGGUCAGUCACACACUGGGGACGUGGUGCUGGGACACAGUGUUUGGCCACACACUGUGGACGUGGUGCUCGGGCACAGUGGUCAGUCACGCAUCGGGGGCGUGGCACGUGGACAUGGUUCUUGGACAUGGUGAUCAGUCACACAUCGAGGAUGUGGUGCUCAGAUGUGGUGCGUGGACACAGUGCUUGGAUGUGGUGCUUGGCCACGGUGCUCGGACAUGGCACGUGGGCAUGGUGCUCAAGCACAGUCACACAUCAUGGAUGUGGUGCUUGGGCAUGGUGCUUGGCCAGGUGUCACGGACAGGGCAUGUGAACGUGGUGCUCAGACAUGGUGUUCAGACAUGGUGCGUGGACACGGUCACACAUCGUGGACGUGGUGCUCGGGUGUGGUGCUCGAACAGGGUGUGUGGACAUGGUGCUCGGACACGGUGCUUGGACACAGUGCUCAGCCACACAUCAUGGACGUGGUGCUCGGGCAUGGUGCUCUGCUGUGGUGCUUGGACGUGGUGUGUGGACACGGUGCUCGGGGCACGGUGCUCGUCCACACCCCAUGGACAUGGUGUGCAGGCACCACGCUCGGACAUGCCGUGUGGACACGGUGCACGAACUGGUGUGUGGACAUGGUGCUCGACCACGGUGUUCAGACACAGCACACGGACAUGGUGCUCUGCUGUGGUGCUUGGACUUGGUGCAUGGACAUGGUGCUCAGGCACGGUGCUUGACCACGUCAUGGUCAUGGUGCAUGGACAUGGUGCUCGGGCACGGUGCUCAACCAUGUGCCGUGGACAUGGUGCAUGGACGUGGUGCUCGGGCACGGUGCUUGACCAUGUGUCAUGGACAUGGUGCAUGGACAUGGUGCUCGGGCACGGUGCUCAGCCAUGUGCCGUGGACAUGAUGUGUGGGUACGGUGCUCAGACGUGGUGCGUGGACAUGGUGCUCUGCUUGGUGCUUGGACUUGGUGCAUGGACUCGGUGCCUGACCAUGGUGUGUGAACCUGGUGCUCGACUGCAGUGCUCCAACAUGAUGUGUGGACACGGUGCUCAGUCAGGGGUGUGGACACGGUGCUUGACCGCGGUGCUCGGACAUGGUGCAUGGACGUGGUGCUCGGGCACGGUGCUUGACCGUGUGUCAUGGACAUGGUGCAUGGACGUGGUGCUCGGGCACGGUGCUUGACCGUGUGUCAUGGACAUGGUGCAUGGACGUGGUGCUCGGGCACGGUGCUUGACCGUGUGUCAUGGACAUGGUGCAUGGACGUGGUGCUCGGGCACGGUGCUCAGCCAUGCACCAUGGACGUGGUGCUUGAGGACAGUGCGUGGACAUGGUGCUCUGCUUGAUGCUUGGACUUGGUGCUUGACCACAUGUCAUGGACAUGGUGGAUGGACACGGUGCUCAGAUGUGGUGUGUGGACAUGGUGCUUGACCACGGUGCUUGGACUUGGUGCAUUGAUCAGUGCUCAGCCACGAUGUGUGAACACGGUGCUCGACCACGGUGCUCAGCCAGGGGGUGUGGACGUGGUGCUCAGACAUGGUGCAUGGACAUGGUGCUCGGUCGUGGUGCUCGGUCGUGGUGCUCGGUCGUGGUGCUCAGACGUGGUGCUCUGCUUGGUGCUUGGACUUAUUGCAUGGACUCUGAGCUUGGACAGUGGUGCUCCACCACGUGUCGUGGGUGUGGUGCUUGGCCGUGGCGGGUGGACAUGGCACUCGGACAUGGUGUGUGGGCACAGUGCUCAGCCAUGAGGGGUGAACACGGCACUUGGCCAUGGGUGUGGGCGUGGUGCUGAGCCAGGAUGUGUGACCGUGGUGCUUGGACACGGUGCUCGGCCCAGUGUUCGUGGUGUUGUGCACACACGUGGGUACCGUGUGUGGGUUCCACGUGUGGAUGCAGCGCUCGGGCACCGUGCACGACCACGGGGCUGGGAUGUGCUGUGUGACCGUGGUGCUCGGGGACGGUGCUCAGACACACGUGGUGCUGGUCCGGGUGCACGGGCAUGGAGAGGGUGCUGGGCACGGUGCACGGACGUGGUGCUUGGGCACGGUGCUCACACACCAGGCACAGACACGGUGCUUGGGCACAGAGCGUGGGCACGGUGCUCCGGCAGAGCGCCUGGCACAGCUGUGGUGCUCGGGCGCUGUGCACCCCAUGGCACCCCCAUGGCACCCCCAUGGCACCCCCGUGGUGCUUGGGCCAGUGCACAGCACCCCUGACCCCACGGCACAGCCCCCCAGCACCACCUGGCCGGGCCCUAAUCCUGGCACUGCCCCCCUGCACCGUGCCAGCCCCACACUCUGGUGCUGCUCAGCACCGCGAUCCCGGCUCCUGGAUCGCGUCCCGCACCGCGAUCCCGGAUAUCAGCACCGCGUCCCGCACCGCGAUCCCGGAUCCCAGCACCGCGUCCAGCACCGCAAUCCCGGCUCCCAGCACCGCGUCCCGCACCGCGUCCAUCCCCGCGCUCCCGGGCUCAGCCCCACAUCCAGCCCCGAUCCACCCCCGCGCUCCCGGGCUCAGCCCCACAUCCAGCCCCGAUCCACCCCCGCGCUCCCGCAGCUCCUCGCGCUCAUCCUCCCCCAGCCCGCUUC